ACCACCCCAGGAGUCACAACAGAAGCCUCAAAAACCGAAAUCAAUAGUAGCAAAUUUAAGCUUAGUUACUUUCUCAUGGCUUCUCGCACUAACUUCCUUCUUCAUGCUUUUGUUUGGUUGGCUCUUGCAGCCACAGCUUUUUCAUUAUCUCCCAAAUUCUAUGACAAAGUUUGUCCCCAAGCUUUACCGGCCAUCAAGAAAAUAGUGCAGGCUGCUGUCCACAGGGAGCAGCGCAUGGGAGCUUCUUUACUUCGUCUGCACUUCCAUGAUUGCUUUGUUAAUGGCUGUGAUGGUUCACUUCUUUUGGAUUCUACAUCAGCAUUUGAAAGCGAGAAAAAUGCACGCGGCAAUCUGAAUUCUGUGAGAGGAUUUGAAGUGGUAGACCAAAUUAAAGCUGAAGUUGACAAAGUUUGUGGACGCCCUGUGGUCUCUUGUGCAGAUAUAUUGGCUGUUGCAGCUCGAGAUUCUGUAGUUGCGCUAGGAGGCCCGUCAUGGAAGGUUCUUUUGGGGAGGAGAGACUCAACCACAGCUAGCAGGAGCCUAGCAGACAGUGUGCUUCCAUCUGCAUCCAUGGACCUCCCUGCAUUGAUCAACAACUUCAAGAAUCAGGGCUUGAACCAAAGAGAUCUUGUUGCUCUCUCUGGCGGCCACACCAUUGGGUUGUCACAAUGCGCUAUCUUUAGGAACAGGAUUUACAAUGCAACAAAUAUUGAUCCCGCCUUUGCAAAAGAACGUAGAGCAACUUGCCCUCGCACCGGAGGAAACACUAACCUCGCUCCUUUGGACCCAACGCCCGCACGUUUUGACACUGCAUACUUCAAAAACUUGGUGAAACAAAGGGGACUACUCACCUCAGAUCAAGCACUUUUCAAUGGUGGCUCAACUGAUAAACUUGUAAAGACUUACAGCAUGAACGCUGAAGCUUUUUGGGAUGAUUUUGCAAAGUCUAUGAUUAAGAUGGGAAACAUUAAGCCAUUGACUGGGAAGAAAGGACAAAUUCGUGUCAACUGCAGAAAGGUAAACUGAAGAAGCUAGUUGUUGUGCUCUGGUAUUGUCCAACUCCAAUUCGUCGUCAAAGUUUUUUCUAUAUUAAGCAAUGGUAUUUUGUAUUCGUUGUUGAAUAAGAGGCCUUAACUCUUCUAUGGACCUUAAGUUGUUUAACUCAUUGUAUUUUUAGUUUAUAAGUAUAAAUUUCAAGUGUAUAAAAAUUAAAUGUUUUAUAUAUUAUGUCUCCUCAAUCAA